CGGAACGCGACUUCCAUCUAGUGGCGAGAAGAGAUACAGCAACCCAUGAAAGUCACUGCCGUAAAAAAGCAGCGUGCGGCCACGUCGCUUGACGGCAGCUGGUGAUCUAAAAAUUUGACAUGGCGUCUUCAUUGAUCUGCAGUGAAAUUCAGAGCAGGGUGAGUUCAGUCCUUAACAGAGAUGUGAAGCAGUAUGGAAAGAAGUACAUGUUUGACUGCAAUGAAGAGACCUGCUGGAAUUCAGACCAGGGUGAAUGUCAGUGGGUGAUCCUGGAGUUCCCCCAGCCUGUCAAGGUCUCAGAGUUAAAGGUCCAGUUCCAAGGAGGCUUCUCAGCAAAAACAUGCAGACUAGAAGGAUGUCCAAAAGAGGGAGACUUCACAGUUAUCAGCCAUUUUUAUCCAGAGGAUGACAACUCUCUUCAGAGCUUUCCCAUACAGGAGGCCCCUGUAGUGGACAAAGUAAAAAUAAUGUUUGAGAAUAGUGCCGACUUUUUUGGGAGAAUUAUUGUUUAUUCCUUGGACGUCCUGGGGGAAAAAGCCUCAUGACCAUUUUUUUAAUCCUCUCGUGAGAGAGGAAAUGACCCUGAGUAAAGUACAGGAUGCAGGACGGUGUGGUGGCACUUGGGAAACAUGUCAUCUGUACUGCCACCUCAUGAGCUGAUGUGAAUGUGGCCUUUUUUGGUAUGGAUGCUUUCAGGCAUCUUCCACUUGGUCACUCAGACACAGAGAGCUUGGCGAAACGUCCGAGUCUGAGUUUAACUGUAGAUUUAAUGGGGUUCCUGCGAUUAUAUGUCAUAUAUGUUAUCACUCUCUCUAAACUUGUAUUGUGCCUUUGAGUUGAAGCGCCUUUCCACUGAAACACACAGUAUAAAAAUACAUUCUUAUUAAAACUUUUUACUGCCCUUCAGCCAAACAAAAUAAUACCACUGCACAACUGUCACAUUUUAGUCCUCAUUUGUACAAUGUUUUUCUAUACUAUAAUGCAUACAAAGCAAUGCAUACAAAUGAAAUAAACAGUUUAAAAAAAUAAUAAA